GGGAAUCAGCACACGGCUGACAGAAAUUUGCCAGAAAUUUCGCCUCGUCCUACUAUAUACACCAGGUUAUAACAAAGCUGUUUAACCAUCAAGGUCUCUCGGAAAGUCUGUACAUUCCCAUAUCGUAAAUUUCUUGCAGAUCUCUUUCAAUAUGGCAUCAGAAGACUCGGCAUCUCCAAGAAAAUGCAUAGGUGUUGAUUGCGAGAACGAAGCUGGCUCUUUACAAUGUCCAACAUGUUUGAAGCUUGGCACGAAGGAUAGCUUUUUCUGUUCGCAAGAUUGCUUUAAGAAGAGUUGGAGUGAACAUAAGAAAGUACACAAGUCACAGAGUAAUUUCCUCAGUAAUAUCUUUACCCCAAAAGUCGUUUCUAAACCCGAUCCAGCUACCGGACUAUUCAAUCCAUUUCCCACCUUCCCAUUUACCGGAUCAUUACGACCUGUUUACCCAUUAUCCGACCAUCGAGAAGUACCAAAAACUAUUCAGCACCCCGAUUAUUGGAGAGAUGGAGUUCCUCGCAGCGAAAGGACUAGCCAAAGAAACAAGAUUGAGAUCUUGAAUAAGGAACAACAAGAAGGCAUGAGAAAGGUUUGUCGAUUGGGUAGAGAAGUUUUGGAUAUCGCAGCUGCAGCCGCCAAGCCUGGAGUUACUACCGACUAUAUCGAUGAGAUUGUACACAAAGCUUGCUUGGAGAGAAACUCUUACCCUUCUCCCCUCAACUAUUGCGAUUUCCCAAAGUCUGUCUGCACAUCCGUCAACGAAGUCAUUUGCCAUGGUAUUCCAGACAGGCGGGUCUUGAAAGAUGGUGAUAUCUUGAACAUCGACGUUACACUCUAUCACGGAGGCUUCCACGGCGAUCUCAACGAAACAUAUUAUAUUGGUGAUAAAGCAAAGGCAGACCCUGACACAGUGCGAGUGGUGGAAGCUGCACGAGAAUGUUUGGAUCUAGCCAUUAAAAUCGUUAAACCAGGAGUACUAUUCAGAGAUUUUGGAAACGUUAUAGAAAAGCGCGCCAAGGAGUCGAAUUGUAGCGUCAUCAAGGCAUAUUGUGGCCAUGGCAUCAACAGCUUAUUCCAUUGCGCACCAAACAUUCCUCAUUAUGCGAAGAACAAGGCCGUAGGUGCAGCAAAACCGGGAAUGUGCUUUACUAUCGAGCCCAUGAUUGCGUUAGGAACACACAAGGAUAAGACUUGGCCAGAUAACUGGACCAGUGUCACUCAAGAUGGAAAGAAAACUGCUCAGUUUGAGCAUACUCUUUUGAUCACAGAUGAUGGUUGCGAAAUAUUGACAGGAAGACUACCUGACUCUCCUGGUGGACCCAUACCAAUGCCAGUCGUUGCCGCGGAGACUAAUGGGGAGACGAAGGAAGUGGCAGCUUGAAAGAUAAUUAGUAUAGAUAGAUUAUAGCCAAGUCAAUAGCCAACAGGGCCAUAUCGAGGGUAAUGAUGGGAGGGGGGUAAAUUGUGUGACCCAAUGAAUCUCGUGUGAAUAGGACAUAGCAUUUCCACGCUCGAUCCACGAAUCAUCCCCAGAAGACGAUGGCCACCAGAGACUAAUAAAUGAAGAGGUGAUGAGGAGUAAAUCUGAAUACAACCUUCCAAUACAAUACUUGAAGCCUUCACAGUACGGCUUUCAAUCAGUUUUCCUCGAGUGUACCUAUCUAUUUCACUUCCACUCGCACCUACCUACCAAUCGUUCAUGCCCCUGACAAAUAUGCACA